CAUGGACAAGGACAGCCAGGAUGUUCACCAGGUCCUGAAUGAGCUCAAGAACAAGUUCCAGGAGAUGAGGAAGCUGAUCAGCUCCAUGCCUGGCAUUGGAGUGAGUCCAGAGCAGCAGCAGCAGCAGCUGCAGAACCUGAGGGAGCAGGUCCGGACCAAAAAUGAGCUGCUGCAGAAGUACAAGAGCCUCUGCAUGUUUGAAAUCCCCAAGGAGUAG